GCACCAAACGACAUGCAACCGGGAUAAUUUUUGGAAAGCGGAACAGUCAGCACAGUCAUAUUAUUUGCCAGAGUUGUUGUAACGAAACCUUACUUUGUAAUAGAAACACAAUGUGUAACAGUCUUACUGUAGCUCCAACUCAGAGUUGUCUUUCAUGCAGCGGAGUAGCAGAUCCACCAAGUUGUAAAACAACCACACAAUGUCUGGACAAUGAAAUCUGUUACCUACACAAAUACAGAACAAAUUUGAACCAGGAAAGAUAUGAUUUAGGAUGCAAGCAUUCAGCGCUUUGUCUCCAUGGACAAAUAAACAUAUUUGGACGUCGGUCAUCAAACGCUCAUCACAUGAUUUGUGAGAGUUGUUGUAGUGGUACGACAGAUUGUAAUGGUGAAUUGGUGUGUGUCCACAAUAACCAAAAGACGAUUAAUGCAACGUGUAUAUCGACCAAUGAAUGUAAAAGUAACCUGAUUUGUUCCUCGCAACGUUGUCAAUGCCCAACAGAAGAUUACUACUGGAAAGAUACAAAAUGUUAUAACAAAAAGAAAUACACUGACCAGUGUAACUCAUCAGACCAAUGUAGUGCUUCUUUAUAUUGUGACCAUGGUGAAUGUCAUUGUUCCAAAACAACACAUUGGAAUGGGACAUUCUGUAUUCAAAACACACCAUGUAGUUCAUCUCCCUGUGUUAAUAAUGGUGUGUGCAUUGACGUUGGUAGAUUCUACAACUGCUCAUGCCCAAAAGGAUUUACUGGUCACAAUUGUGAAAUGACACCGUGUAGUAGCUCUCCUUGUCUAAACAGUGGAGUUUGUUAUGUUGUAAACAGUUCUUUCAUUUGUGUUUGUCCAAAAGGAUAUUCCGAUUCCAGGUGUCAAGUUACUCCUUGCGAUAAAAUGGUAUGUUUGAAUGGAGGCAGAUGUUCAUCAACAAAUGGUACAGUUGCUUGUAAUUGCAGAUCUGGAUUUUCAGGAACCGUUUGUCAAGUUACACCGUGUUCCUCUAACCCUUGUUUGAACUUAGGCUCUUGUUUGAUACGGACAAGCAAUUACAGCUACACUUGUCAGUGCCCGAGUGGAUUUCAAGGCGAACAUUGUGAAGUCUCACCGUGUUCUCCGAAUCCUUGUAAAAAUUCUGGACUAUGUGGAAUAUUGUCAAAUAACGAUAGUUAUAUUUGUCACUGCCGCAACGAGACCUAUGGAGAUCUCUGCGAAGUAUCAUAUUUCAAAACAAUUUACUCUUCUGGAUAUCCGUCCUCAUAUGGAAAUGGUGUUCACCAAACAUGGAACCUUGAUGCCGGAAUUGGUAGUACUAUCAGAAUCAAAUUUAGAGAUUUUCAUACGGAAGCAUGUUGCGACCACGUACGAGUUUACGAUGGUAGAUAUAGCAACAAUAAUACGUUAGCAGAUUACACUGGAUCUCUGUCGGGUAUUCGAGUACAUAAUUCAACUGGACAAUAUAUGCUAAUUGCGUUCGCAGCAGACGGUUCCAAUGUAGCAAAAGGAUUUAAAGCUGAUGUUUACAAAGUAAAAACAUGA